GAUCCUGCCUUCAAAGAUGCGUUCGGGUGCACGCCAAACCGAUGCUCCGACAAGGCGCUGGCCCUCUUCAUGUCCCUGAAGGGGUUCCAUGAAAACCUCAGCAAGAACACGGUCGAAAGUAUCCGUGCAGCAUUCAAAAAGCUCUGGGAGCAAGCGGAUGGUGGCACGUUUCGUGGAAAGUGGAGUUUCAAUGAGGCGAGACAGCGCUGGGAGGGAAAUCUAGCUGACUCAGCGGAAGUUUACGACAUGAUGGCAUCUGUCAAGCACAAGGCCAGCGCAGAGGGCGGAGAUCGAACUCACUCGAUGGCAAUGACAAAAGACUUCAUGGAUCGCAUGCUUCAAUGGCAUGAGGCCGCAUGCCCACUGGAGAUUGCACUGCAGGCCAUCCAGCUACUCACUCGCCAUCUUGAACAGGUCACUUUCGAUGCUGGCACAUGGACCUUAUGGAGCAGGUAUUCUCAAGCCGCGGCUUUAUGGAGUCGAAUCGUCUGUUACAGACUUCCGUGGACAUCCGGACAUCAGGUACGAGUUUAUUUACUAUAUCUAAAUCUGUCUAACCAUUGCUACUCUAGUCUCUUCCGCAAAUCCAACAUGCACAGGUCCGAUUUAUCCAUGCACGCCGCAGGUAUAUUUCCCCGCCCAGACAUGCCUUCCUGCGACAGCUUCAUCUGGAUGUUGCUCUGGAUCAAAUGGCUCGAGUUUUUUCAUUACGGGCGCACACUCAGGCCAAACGACUUCAUCUUCCCUUCGAUGGGUGCCAAUGGCAUCAUGCAGCCUGGACAGCCUCUCUCCCAUGACACUGUGCAAAAGUGGAUUGACGAGGCAACGACAGGUGCUGGCAUCCUAGGCUAUUUUUCGACUCACUGCUUCCGCCGUGGAGGUGCCCAGUAUUGGUUUAUGUUCGCACCGGUUGGUCAGCGGUGGUCACUUGCCAUGGUUCGAUGGUGGGGAGGAUGGGCUGAUGGUGAACAGCGAAACACGCUCAUUCGUUACCUUCUCGACGAACUACACACUUAUGAGACCAACUACAGUGAUGCCCUUGCUCCUUUCUCCCACAAAGCUGAAUCCUCCCUUGCAGGCGAGCAGGCACUCAUGAGGCCAGCAUCCACUGAGGAGCUGCGCAUGGUUCAUGCAUCCAUGACCGCAGAUGUCAAUCAUUUGCGAGUUGACGUCAGUGCAGUCAACGACUCACUUCAGUCACUCACCAGCAUGGUCCAGGCCACUUCAAGUUGCCUGAAGGCUGCUGGACACCUACCUCCAACACAGCUCGAAGAAGAUCCCCGCUUCACCCUUCUCCGAGUCUCCGCAUCCAGUGCAGAGUCUCCUCAGAUUUCAACUCCUCAGCAUGUCCAUCCACCACCAACACACUCCCGUCCUCUGUCAUCUGUCCGCAGGAGCCAUGGCCACGCACACAUCACUCCAACUACUCGACCACUGCCAUCUGCUGCUGCGCACACAGCCUCGACUCAACAACUCCCAAGCAACGGUCUCGUCAUUCCACGGCUGCCACUCGUCUGUUCGAACAGGUUGAAGACUCCGAAGGCUGAGUCCUGGAGGAACAUCAUCACGCACUGGCUCGUCGGUGACCCCGACAGAGGGUUGAAGACGCCACUCAAGGACUGGCUGCAGGAGUGGUACCAAGGCCUGAACUGGAAGCUCGCAAUGCAGUACCAGAACAGGGCCGUUGUUGCGCGCGAGUUCAUCAACCAUUACCAGUCAGACGAAGCCCUCUUCCUUGCAGCCUACCCAGAAGCCGAGCGGGGACACACCCCACUGCUUGCAGCCGUCAACAAGGCACGGGCUGCAUGAGGAGAGCGUGUCCGUCGCAACAAAUGACACGGAGGACUCUCACUUCGGAACCAUACCAACUACUGCUGCCCACUCGAACGCUCGUAACUUGUAAGUACUAUAACCACGAAUCACUUCAUAUUGCAAAGGCCACAUGCCAGGACUGUUGAUACUGUACAUUCCCGCACCUACUUCUCUACCCUAGGUACUUCCUCGCCGUACUCUCUCCUUCCCAGCGCUAGUUAGUUCCCCCAACUCUUUCGUGCUUCUUUCCUCCGAGUCCGUCUUUCCCGCGUGCCUUCUAAAUUCUUGCAAGUUGGUUUCGAAUGUCCUGAGGUCCGGGAGGUCCACACCAACGACGAAAAUCAGACACAAAGCCUAGUGAGCGAGUGAGCGAGCAGGCCUGAACCUGCGCGUCGGCGGCCGUCACGCGCUCCGCUUUUUUCGUACCCAUCUGCGUCCG